AUGAAAGUGAGUGCUAUCCUUGCUGUCUGUGCCCUCCUGGCCAGCUCCGUCCACGGGAAGUACGUGGAGGGACACCUGAAGACGCUCGACGACUGGGCUUUUGUGGCUCGCUUCUGCUUCAUCUCCGGACGGGGCAGGUAUGAAUAUCAGAUUGAGUUUGAGCGGAAGUACGGAGAGCCUUCGCUGCUGCUCUACUACGACGAGAAGACUCAAUGGCCGGCAGUGUAUAAGACGGACAAGACGUGCGAACAGAAGUUGGCCGUCUUGAGUGCGGCUGACAAUCAGAUUGUGUCGCUCUCGGCCAAGACGCCGUACAAUUACUUGUCGGGAUGCACUCUGAGGUCAUCCUUGGAGGCCGAGGAGGAGAUGAAGCCGCCGGUGAGACCACAAGUUCCCGACGAAACCAUCAAGCCCGAUGAUCUCGAGCCGGGAUAUUUCGAUCAGUUUCUGAAGACAUCAACUACUGAAGAAUCGUCCUCAACAUAUUCAACGUUCACCUUCACUGAUGUCUCUCUGGACAACGCCUCAACCACAGUGAUGACCUACUUGGGGGACAUCAGUCUGGGCAAUAGCCUGGAGAACGGCACUGCAUAUCAAGUGGAUGUGGAGCAGCUGUUUGAGGGCGUGACGCAAUCCUCGGCGCCGCAGGAAGACAGACUCAGGCGAUCUCUGCCCUUUUCGCUCUUCAAGAAGGACACUCGCGGCAGGAUUAUCGUGUCCUGCCGCAAUGCUGGCGGCUUCACGAGUGUCCGCGAGCGCUGGUGGUACAUCGCGAUCUCCAAUUGCGGCUCCAGCAAAGGACUGGACAUCAAGUACAAAUUCAGGAUGACCAACGGACCGCCCGGAGACUUCUGGCACGAGCAUUUCUCUGCAGACGAAAUGUACAUUCCGCCAAUCCUCUUGACUGAGUGCCUGGCGUACACUUUCCUCCUGCUGGGAAUGUUCCUCUGCGCCAUCGAGCUUAAGUCUCGCCAUCUCUUCCACUGCACUUAUCGCCUGUUCACCUUCAGCGCCACCGUGCAGUGGGUUGGCACACUGGUGCAGGGCGUGGCGUGGGCGCGCUAUGCUGUGUCAGGCUUAGGACCCAACACAGCCUUCGGUGGCAUGCUGAUGGGCGCCAGUGAAGUGUCUUUUCUGGCGCUGAUGCUGCUCAUGGCGAAAGGCUACACCAUCACCAGAGCUCGCCUAUCCACAGCCACAACUGUGAAGCUCACAGUCUUCAUCAACAUCUACAUCGUGGCCUACAUCUCGCUCUACAUCCUGCAAGCGGAGACCUUCGAUCCCGGAGAGGUUCUCAACAUCUACGAGUCUCCGGCUGGCUUCGGGCUGAUUGGAUUGAGAUGUGGCGCCUGGGGAGCAUUUCUGAUGGGCGUCGCCGCCACGCUGAGAAAGUAUCCGGAGAAGAGUGCCUUCUACUAUCCCUUCGGACUGCUCGGAUCGGUGUGGAUUCUAGCAGGACCGGCCCUAACUCUCGUCGGGAUUGGUGUCCUGGAUGCUUGGGUCAGGGAGAGCGUGAUGUGCGCCAUCUCGGGAACAGUCGCUUUCGGUGGUCACGCGGCCUUUCUCUGGCUCACGUGGCCUUCCAGGGCGAACAGGAGCUUUCCCUAUCACGUGCGCACUAAUCACGUGGGAGUGGCCAAUACUGACGACGGCACUGACUAUCCCAGGCAUCCGUAUGAGCCUUCGGGGCUGCAGCAUGAGCAGAACAUCAUUAUUCCGCUGUCGAGAAGAACUGAGGAGUUGAUCAACGGCGUGUACAGUCAGUACAUCAUCGAGCGAGAGCUGUACGGAUCUAAUUCUAACCCAAUCAGCCACAUAUCCUUUCCCCAGACUGCCUCUGCUCCUGCUCUGCCUGAUCCCAAUAUGCCCCUGACCAGUCCCAAUCCGGCGCAGCGUCGAUUGGCGUCCUUCAGACGCCGCGACACGCCCAAGACGGAUUCAGGCGAACAGGACGCUCAGGUGGACUCUGGGCAUCCCAGUUUGGAGAACACAUCCUCACCCAACACGACAGGACCUUCUUCGGGCCAUGACACGCCGGUCAGGGCGAAGAAUAAUCCUUUCUUGGUGAAUGGACAGCAGCGGCAGCCCAACAAGGUCAUCCUGGAGCCCAUUGAGCAGCCUCUGAGAGGAUAUUUGCAGGACACUUACCAGGCCACAACGGUCAAUGCAUCCUUCGUGCCGCGACACUUGUUCGCCGCGAAGAGCACGACAAACGAGUGAAGAGCACGAAU